UGUGUCUGCUACCCGCUAUGCCACUGCCCGUGGCGCUGCAGACCCGCUUGGCCAAGAGAGGCAUCCUCAAACAUCUUGAGCCCGAGCCAGAGGAAGAAAUCAUCGCUGAGGACUACGAUGAUGAUCCUGUGGACUAUGAGGCCACCCGCUUGGAGGGCCUGCCACCAAGCUGGUACAAGGUGUUUGACCCUUCCUGUGGGCUCCCUUACUACUGGAAUGUGGACUCAGAUCUUGUGUCCUGGCUUUCCCCACAUGAUCCCAACUCCAUCGUUACCAAAUCUGCCAAGAAGCUCAGAAGCAAUAAUGCAGAUGCUGAAGAGAAGUUGGACCGGGCCCAUGAGAAGUCGGACCGGGGCCACGAGAAGCCAGACCGGGGCCAUGACAAGUCAGACCGGGGCCACGAUAAGUCAGACCGGGGCCAUGACAAGUUGGACCGAGACCGAGAGCGUGGCUAUGACAAGGUAGACAGAGAGAGAGAACGGGACAGAGAUCGGGACCGGGAUCGUGGGUAUGAUAAACCAGACCGAGAAGAGGCCAAAGAACGUCGUCACCAUCGCCGGGAGGAGCUGGCUCCAUACCCCAAGAGCAAGAAGGUGGCAAGCCGAAAGGACGAAGAGUUAGAUCCCAUGGACCCCAGCUCAUACUCAGAUGCGCCACGGGGCACAUGGUCAACAGGGCUUCCUAAGCGGAACGAGGCCAAGACAGGUGCAGACACAACAGCAGCUGGGCCCCUCUUCCAGCAGCGUCCAUACCCGUCCCCGGGGGCUGUGCUCCGCGCCAAUGCUGAAGCCUCCCGAACCAAGCAGCAGGACUGAACCUUCACCCUCGCAGCCCUGGUUCUGGGGUCUUUAAUAAAUGCUUU